AUGACGGCAGAGCCAGGAACAUGGACACCAGGAAAACCUUUCGAUCAAGCCCUUGACCCUGCCAAAGACCCCUGUCUGAAGAUCAAGUGUGGCCGCCACAAGGUGUGCGUGGCCGAGGACUACCAGACCGCCACCUGUGUCAGCCAGAGGAGAGUCAGCUUUAAGGAUGCAGGUCUCCUCCAGAGUCCGGGGUCAAAGUGCAAACAGUGCCCUGUCGUUCACCCCUCUCCCGUCUGUGGCACCGACGGACACAGCUACUCAACCAAGUGUAAGUUGGAGUACCAGGCGUGUAUUACAGGGAAGAAGAUUGAGUUGAAGUGUCCUGGCCUGUGUCCCUGUCCCACCCAGCCUGACCAGAGCAGCACCGAGAAGAGAGUGUGCAGUGAGUCAGACCUGAAGGAGGCAGUGGGUCGUCUCAGGGAUUGGUUCAGGGUGCUCCAUGAGAACGGGAAUCACAAGAGAGUCAAGAUCCAGAAAGCAGAGAAGAACAAGUUUGAACCCGGGGCAUUGCCUAUUUGCAAAGACCCUCUGGGAUGGAUGUUCUCCCGUCUAGAUACCAACUUUGACCUCCAGCUCGACCAAUCAGAGCUCAGCAGCCUGGACCGGAACGAACCUUGCUCCGAGGCGUUCUUCCACUCCUGUGACACACACGCAGACAAAGUGCUCAGCAGCACCGAGUGGUGCACCUGUUUCCAGAGGCAUACAGAUUCGCCCUGUAAGUCAGAGCUGUCCAACAUCAACAAGAAGCAGGCGGGAAAGAAGCUGCUAGGUCAGUACCUGCCGACAUGUGAUGAGGAGGGGUACUACAGGUCACACCAGUGCCACAGCAGCAGUGGCCAGUGCUGGUGUGUGGAUCGCUAUGGCAACGAAGUAGCUGGCUCAAGGACCCACGGGCCCGCAGACUGUGGUGUGGUCUUAGAGUCUUCUGGAGACCUUGGCAGUGGAGACUCGCUCUUCUCUGAAGAUGAUGAUGAUGAUGAAGAUUCCUUCGUCCUGAAUGACGAGGCCAGAAUGGAUGACGGGGACGACGAAGACGAUGACGAGGAUGAUGAAUAUCUGUCUUAAUCAUUUACAUAUGUAUAGAAAAGAAGAUUCCUAACUGCUUGGUCAAACUGCACGUUUUAGGUGAACCCCAAGACAGAUACUUAUCAUACUAACAGCCUAUGGACUACAACUGUGUCGUCUGUUCAUAAUUUACUACCGAUGUUCCUGGUUAACGUUUAUGAUUUCUCUUUCUGUCUGACCUAACGUAUGAUUGGCGCCUGCUGCCGUGGUGGCAAUCAGAAAAUAUUUUCAGGACUAACAUAGCCUUGGGCUCAUCCUCAGCCAACACUGUGCUGUGGACAAGGUCAUAAGUGAGACAACUCCUCGCCUCACUGGACAGACAACGUCCUACAGUGAGCCCUGUCCUAAUAUUGAGCACUCUGAUCGUGUUGUUCAAGAGAUUCCUCCCUUCUUUUCCUCUUAUUCCUUAUUCCCCUAUAAGAGAUAAGACAAUAUUGUACUUGUUUGGAUUAUUUUCAUUCUGAUUUGCCAACUAAAAUGUUGUGGAUAAGCGGUUAGAUAUGCUUCUUUAUAGAGAAAAUGAAAAUAUAAAAGCUAGUGCACAGAAGGAUAUCAGAACUGUUCCUGCGACAAUGUGGGAAAAGGCUUAUUAUGGCAGUAGCCUCCAAAUGACAUUUCUCCAAACCCCCCACGUAGUCAGAACUGAAGAAAAGAAUAGGUGAUUCUAUUUUUCUAUUGCAUUGUUUCUGUAAUGCAGGACGUUGAACGGAUUUGGUCUAAGCAUGCCUUUCACUGAGUUCAGCACAGUGUUAAUUUACAGACUAGCAUAGCAAGGGAGUAGCAGCUCUUUGUGAUGACUUCACACAGCAUUGACAGAAAUAAAACUAGACAGACAGCAUAAAUUCUGCUACCCACAAUCCCCAGUAAAAGUGUAACUGGCCUGUCCACUUAUCCCAUUUUUAUUGUCUUUGGGUGUGGAGUCAGAAAUAUUGUUGACAUUGCACAGUGCAACAGAGCAGUGCAACAGAUUUUAAUGUAUGUUAAUGUUUGGGUUUGAGUAGAGCAAAUACAGUAUUUAAAUGUUUAAAAAUUAUAACAUGACUUUUAAGUAUACAAUGUAACUCAGCAUUCUUUAUUACACACACACACACACACACACACACACACACACACACACACACACACACACACUAACACACUAACACACACACACAGCAACCAUGUGGUGGGGAACGUCUGCUCUGGCUAGGACUGUGUAAAGGUGUGCCUUUCCCUAAGCAGACACACAGUGAUGGUAGCGUGGUAGUGAUGGGUUACGGGUUAGAGCUUAACGAGCGCACUCGACAUACAGCCUUCAUUGCGCUCCAUAAGGGUGUCGCAAGCCUGCUAAGCACGUUGGACAGCUCAUUAGACACCUUCAGACAUGAUCUUAACUCUUAUUCAAGUGUUUCAUACGACCGGGUCUGGUUUUCUUCUCUUGAGUUGUUACAUAGAUUAGAAUGUAGAGAAGCACACAGCUAAGCUAAGAAGUUCAAACACACAUCAAUUCUGCUGGAAUCCACAGUGUUUUUAUAUAUUAGUACAGUGUCUAUGAACGUUGAUUAGACAGCAUCGAAAGAGUAUUUCAAUGUUAUCUGUUAUGAUGAGUUAAUAAGCUUGACAAUGAGGCAGUCAGAUAUUGUUAGUCUAGUGUACCUUUGGGUUACACACCGUUUGAAAAUACAUACAGACCUGACCAUGACAAAUUGAUGGCCUUGCAUGUGGACCAUUGGGCAACUGGAAUCCCACCAUAAGAACGGAAAAGUAUUGUCCACUUGUUAAAAUUUAUAUUUAAAUGUACUUUUGGGACUUGACUGAAAACCCUCAAAAUGGUGGACCUCCAUAGUAAACAUUUUAGCAUCCGCUCACCAAGGAAACUAAAGUUCCGCUCAUGAUUAAUCUGAUGUAGAAGUAUUGUUAUAGAGGUAUGACACACAUGCAUUUUUUACAGUGUAUGUAUGAUUUGAUGAAAUAAAAACAAUAUUGACUAAAGUCAA